CCCGAGCGGCCCCGAAGUGCCCGGCCACAACCCGAACCUCGAGCCCAACCCACGGUGUUCCACUCCGAACCGACCGAAUCUGAAUCGCUGCCGCUUGUUUUAAGGCACCUUAAGGGUAAUUUGCCAUAUGAAGGAAUGAAGAUGUGCUGUCUGCGAGCCCUGCCCGCUGCUGCAAAGGCACAGACCAGAAGCUAUUAGUCGUGUGGCUCAGUGCUGUAACAUGAGGCUCUGUGUGCACAGAGACAGCUUUUAAUAUCUGAAUAUCCAGGCCUCCUAUAAAGGUGACUUUGAGGAAAGAACGAUGGGAGAAGAAUCAGCGUUCAGAGCCAGAAAUGGGCAACAAGCAAACCAUCUUCACUCCAGAGCAACUGGAUGCAUAUCAGGACUGCACAUUCUUCACGAGGAAAGAAAUUCUGAGACUAUUCUACAGAUACCGAGAUCUGGCCCCGCAGCUCGUCCCACUCGACUACACCAAUAAACCAAACGUGACACUUCCCUAUGAGCUCAUUGGCAGCAUGCCAGAGCUGAAGGACAAUCCAUUCCGCCAGCGGAUAGCAGAGGUUUUCUCAGAGAGUGGAGAUGGCAAUAUGACUUUAGAUGACUUUUUGGACAUGUUUUCUGUGCUGAGUGAGAUGGCUCCCAGAGACUUAAAAGCUUAUUAUGCUUUUAAAAUUUAUGAUUUUAACAAUGAUGAUUACAUAUGCAAAUCAGACUUGGAGAAAACUGUUAACAAAUUAACCCGUAACGAACUCACCCCAGAAGAAGUCAACCUUGCAUGUGAUAAGGUGAUUUAUGAAGCUGAUCUGGACAACGACGGAAAGCUUUCAUUGGAGGACUUCCAGCAUAUGAUAAUUCGAGCUCCAGAUUUCCUCAGCACAUUUCACAUUCGAAUCUGAACCUAGCAAAACAAAGAUGAAAGCGCUUCUUCUUGAACAGUUUCUGGAAAUGGAACCAGAGAACUCUUAUUUACCUCUUUAAAAGGGACAGUUCAUCCUUAUUGAAUUUUCCCUGUGAUUUCACAAAAGGUGUGUUUCAAUAAAAUUGUCUAUUCCCACCCCCUUCCCUCACUGGGGCAGUGGUAUGGGGGAAAAUACACGUUUUUUUAAGUUCAGGUACCACCAGGUGGGGGUUGUAUGAAAUUACAGCUGCUUAAACAAAGACCCUAUGAAAAUAGCCCAUAUCCAUUAAAAAGCCCACACUGUUAUAGACUCACACUGCAUGUAGAAUUUCUGUACUGUUCCUACUGAACUACUCUUUUCCUCUGAGACAAAGCUAGCUCUAGGUUUAGGAAAACAUGCUGCUGCCUAUAGAACUUGGUUUUUCUUGGAAAACACACACUGAGAACGUGCUCAGCUGAAGUUCUGAGGUCCAGAGAAUGACAUCUACUUCAAAAAUAGGUUCAAAAACAUGAUGUUAAUCUAAAUUGUGUAGCCAACUCCUCUAGUGUCUUUUAACAGCCUUAACAAAUGAUUCAGUCAAUCCUAAUGUGCCACAGAAGCCCGAUACAGGUUUUAAGAUGGAUAAAGGGAAGAUUUAUUCAGAAUUUACAGUGACAAGUCAGUUUAAACAAUAAAAGCAGAUCCUAUCCCAUGUUCUUGGCACUCUUCCCUGUGUUUGGCAAUACACUGUUUUCUACAAAAGGAUCUGUAUAUAUUAAUGAUGAACAGGACUGACAAACUCAAUUUUUAAAGUUCUCUUUAUAAGAAGUUUAUUUAUGCAGUGCUCAGGGUCCUGUACAGAGUAAAAACAUACAUACUGUAAUAAACAACAGUUCUGUCUUUUAUACAAACAUCAAAAUCAAUGAGAAGUGUUUAAGAAAGCAGUGGUAAUGUGGGAAAGGUGGCAGCCAAAAGUGGUCCUUCUAAACACAGUUUACAGUUGCUUAUUAAAAUAUUGGGAUAUGGAAAGAUCCCCUCAGAACGAAAUCAUGAGUCCCAACUCACGCUCAGCUUAGAGCACGAUUCCUGCAGAGGCUGGAGAGCAGCCUGCUGCACUUUGAUCAGCUACAGAAGACAAGAACUCCAAGCAUCAGUGAAAGAAGUGGGUCAAAGAAUAAGGCAGCCUGAAAUAAUCAAGCUGCACGUUACCAUUACUGUUCAAUCGAACAGAUCUUUAUUUCAUCUAUAAACGAAGACACAAGUUAGUCAUCAUUCUUUCCCAACCCCCAUGACUUUCUAGCAGAAUUGGAGACCAUUCUUUCAGCAGUCAUUUGUCCACUUCCUCUCCAGCAUAACCUCCAUCCAUUUCUUAUCCAA